GGCAACAGAUUCAUUCAAGACUGCUGGAGUGUCUUUGGAGGAUGUUGAAGUGUAAAACUAACUGCAUUGAGAGGCCUCUGUCUCUGGCCUUUGAAAAGCUUGGUCGUGUUAUUGGUAGAUAUCCAUGCGUGUUUCUUCUAUUAGCUUUAUAUGUAGCUGCAGCUCUUGGAGCUGGUUUUAUAUUUCUUAAUGAGAGGCAGGCAAAUGAUAUCGAAGACCAGUUCACACCUGUAAAUGGACCUGCCAAGAUGGAGAGGAAGAUUGUAGAGGAAUAUUUCCCUCAAUCUGAAGAAUUUUCUCACCUGCGACUUUCGUCUGAAGGAACUUUUGCAUCUUUGAUCAUUACAGACUUACAGGGAGGAAACAUACUGACUGAAGCAGCUUUUGAUGACAUUAUUGAGCUAGACAGACAUGUCAAAAGUAUUAAGACAGGAAACAAUUUCACAAGCCUUUGUGCCAAAAUAAAUGGAAACUGUAUGACAAAUGCUGUUUUAGACAUCAUAAAUAACAAACCAAAUGAAGUAGUUUCAACAGCUAUUAGUUAUCCCAUACAUAAUGGCACAUUUUUAGGAACAAGUAUCGGUGGUGUUGAGCUAAAGGCAGGAAGCUCAGAGAUAACCAGUGCAAAAGCAAUCAGACUUUUUUAUUUUUUAAAAGAGGAGAAGACAAAGGAGAACUCUGAAUGGCUAGAUGGUUUUCUUAAAUUCUUCUCAAACUACACAGAGAUGAAAGUGGUGCAUGUGUCUUACUUCACAUCAGUAUCAAGACAGGAGGAGUUAGAAGCCAAUUCAGACUCGGUGAUCCCCUUCUUCUCCAUUACCUAUUGCCUGGCUGUUAAUAUUUCAAUUCUUUCUUGUCUGAGGUUAGACUGUGUAAGAACCAAGGUGUGGGUUGCCAUGUCUGGUGUACUCUCUGCUGGUAUGGCUGUUCUUGCCAGUUUUGGAUUGCUGCUCUUCUGUGAAAUGCCUUUUGCCAUGACAGUGGCCACAGCCCCCUUUCUCAUUCUUGGUAUUGGAGUUGAUGAUAUGUUCAUUAUGAUCUCCUGCUGGCAGAAGACAAAAGUUUAUGAUGAAGUUGAGGAUCGCUUAGCAGAAACAUAUAAAGAGGCCGCUGUUUCCAUCACCAUCACCACACUGACAGAUGUGCUCUCUUUCUACAUUGGUCUCUUGACUCCGUUUCGCUCAGUACAGUCUUUCUGCAUGUACACAAGUACAACGAUUCUGUUCUGUUACAUCUUCAACAUCACAUUCUUUGGCGCCUGUCUUGCUCUGAAUGGAAGACGAGAGAAGGGUAAUAAACAUUGGUUGACCUGCAUGGAAGUCCCAAAAGCCAGUGAUGAUGAUGAUGCUACUGGUAAUAUUUGUUGUGUUGGUGGAGCUUAUGAUAAAGAUACUGGCACUGAUUUGGAAAUGCCAAUGGAUUUAUUCUUUAAAAACCAUUACGGGCCUUUUCUGACAAAGACAUGGGUAAAGAUGUUUGUGUGUUUGUUCUAUGCUGGAUAUUUGGCCGUCAGCAUCUACGGAUGCUUCCAAAUUAAGGAGGGACUUGAUCUGAAAAAUUUAGCAGCAGAUGGCUCAUAUGUUGGUAGUUACUAUGAUGAUGAAGAUACAUUUUUUUCUGCUUAUGGCCCCAAUGUCAUGUUAGUUAUGACUGAUGAAAAUUUUCAGUACUGGAAUUCAACUGCACGACAAAAUCUUGACCUGUGUUUGGAAAAUUUUCAGAAUCUGUCAAUGGUUUCUAAAGAUUCAGACAUUUCACCUAUUUCGUGGUUUCAUGCAUACAUGAACUAUGGAAAGAAUUUAAAUUUAAAUUUAGAUGAUGAAACGCAAUUCAAAAGACAUUUAAAUUACUUUCUUGGUGUUUCUGGUUUUAGUCAAGAUGUCAACUUCACUAACAAUGAAAUUCGUGCAUCGCGCAUGUUCAUUCAGACAGUGAACAUCAGCACAGCUGUAGAUGAGAAGGACAUGCUGAAUGCAUUCAGAGAAACAGCAGAACAAUGUGGAAAGGUUCAGACACCCAUUGACCUAACAGUGUACCACCCUGCAUUUAUCUACUUUGACCAAUAUGCUGUCAUUGUCACCAAUACAAUCCAAAAUGUAGUAGCUGCUACAUGUGCAAUGUUAGUGGUUUCACUCCUGUUGAUCCCAAAUCCUCUAUGUUCUCUCUGGGUCACAUUUGCCAUUGCAUCUGUUAUUGUGGGUGUGGCUGGUUUUAUGGCAUUAUGGGAUGUUAGUUUAGACUCAAUAUCUAUGAUUAAUCUUGUUAUUUGCAUUGGAUUUUCGGUGGACUUCUCUGCUCACAUUUCCUAUGCUUUUGUGUCCAGUGAAAAACCCUCAGUAAAUGAGAAAGCCUUAGAUGCCAUCUAUAAACUGGGUUAUCCAAUAUUACAAGGUGCAGUGUCCACUAUUGCAGGUGUAGUUGUGCUUGCAGCCGCGAAAAGCUACAUCUUCAGAACCUUCUUUAAAAUCAUGUUCUUAGUCAUCAUGUUUGGAGCCAUCCAUGGGAUCGUUUUCAUACCUGUGUUUCUUACCUUCUUUGGCAUUUGUGGCCAGAUGUCUUGUACUAAACAAGAAAAGAAUACACUGAGUGAAGUCCAAUCUGAGAACUGCAACAGAAAAAAUCAGCAAGUUGCACCAAUAAUGAUGGCUAGUGCCAAAAUUGAAAAUGAUCGACAGCGUACAAUUCAAUCUCCCGAUAAUGACAGUAAGAAUCAGCAAAUAGCAACAGUGAUGAGUCUGACAACACAGCUGACGAAUUGUGGUUCUAUUGAUUUUGAUUGUUACUGAGUAUAAUUUUCUAUUUAAUAUUACCCAAUGUUCCAUCAUUCUCAGUUUAAGCAAUGUCACAGGAGCAAGAGUGCUAUACUAAAUACAUCAGAAUAACUGACUUGUCUGUAGGUAGUCAAAGCAGUGCUGAUAUUCAGUACAAUGACAUGAUUAUAAAUGAAUGUUACACUUAUAUAGCGCUUUUCUGACUCUACACUCAAAGCGCUUCACGUAGUGAACAGCGGGUUCUCUUCAACCACCACCAGUGUGCAAC